AUGUCCAAUCCUCGUAAGUCCCCGAUGUACUUCGGAUCCAUACACUUCACUAGACAGCCCCCGCGCAGUAUCAGUACCACCAUUAUCAUCCCCAUCUGGCGGUCCGGUUGCAACCACUACGCCAAUAUCGUCAAUUCUGCCUGCGACUGCUACUACACCCACUACUACUACUACUCCGUCGACGACGUCGACGAGCACUACCCCUACUACCACCUCAACUACGUCCUCGACGCAAUCAACCACUCGGUCUUGACUACCACUAGUCCUACCACAAGCGCAACAACAUCGACGACACCCAGUCUUGCUCCUUCAACUUUCAUCACAACCAGUGGUAAUCAGGUAGUCACCAGCAUCACCUAUGUCACUGCAAGCUCCACCCCUUCAUCUGCUAAUAAUACGGUCACUUCAUCCAACUCGUUUUUCUCCAAUACUGGGGCCGUUGCUGGUGUCUUCACUGUCGUCGGUCUCGUCGUUGUUGCAAUCUUCGUCGCACUUCUGACAAACGCCGUUCGCCGCCGCCGUGCUAAGAGAUUCGACAGGGACGUCGCGGAAGCAGCCGCAGAGGCGGCUGCUACUUCACGUUCGCCAUUCGACGAUUACACGUACUCUAACAAUGGCGGUUCGGGCGGUGGUGGAUAUCCGUACUCCGAUACCACUCAUGGGACUUUUGGCCAAGCUCCGAUGGGCCUUCCCACUGACACCUAUGGGAUGAGUGAGAUGACACAAUAUGAUCCGUAUGCAGCUGGGGCUGUAUCUCUCGCUACAGCUAACGUGGGAAGGGCCCGAAGUAGGCAAGACAGUGAAACACGGCGUGCACCAGGCAUUGCUGGUGUUGGUGCAGGCAACCUUGCUCGCGAGCCGAGUCGCAGGUUGCCAUACCACGCUUUCGCUGGUCCUGGCCCCCAACCCCACGAGACGAUCGACCACACCCCUAGCAUGGUGCACAGACCCCGUGGGGGCGAGUUGCUUGAAGCUGCCGGUCUGGCAGGCACCGGAGUUGCCGCUAUGACCGCUGCGAACAAUGGAGCAUAUAUUAACCGCCGGCCUUCGGAGUAUACCCAACAGACACAUGGAAGUAUGCGUUCUCGGGGGCACUCGUCGAACGAGAACCACCUUAUGAAUCUUCAGCCUGCAUUCCAGCCACCUCCGCACAAUGAUACCCAGUACGCGGACGCAUACACUGGCUUUGUUAAUGCGCCUUCUCCUCAACCGUUGAGCCCCGGCUUUCCCAAUCCUUAUGAGACUUCUCCGUCGCCGCCCCCUGCUCAGUCUAACCAUCAUUCGGGUGACGUCGAAGGCGAGGAUUACCACGAUGAUGGCCCUCCGGCCCAGCGUCUGAGCUACGCCGACGACGAAGACUACGGUCAACACAACCGUGUGCUUAGAGUUGCAAAUGAGUAA